AUGUACGCUAUAUCGACUUCGACGAGUACCCAGGAUGCACAAACGGUUCAAAGCAGCUCGAUAGUUGCAGCGCCUCCACCUCCACCAUCGUCUACCUCCACCGAAACGACGCAGCAGGUCGCAUCGUCUGAAGCAGUGUCUACGGCGAUAGGUACGAGUAGCGCGGUUUCCUCUUCAGCAGCAGCGCCAUCGUCGCUUCUCGCGAAUGUCUCGCCACAGGUACCGGCGGCUGCAGUUCCAGCGCCUGCGCCUGAAGUCGUUGAGACACCGUCGGUUGAGUCCGUUGUCGACCCUACACCUACACCUACACCAACACCAUCAGCAACCCCAGCACCGGCAACCUCUGACUCGAGUCUUGCAGCUGUACCACCGACAAGUUCGAUUUUGGCAGACGUGCCUGCCGCGUCGUCUACAGUGCCUGAGGCAUCAUCACCGCUGAUUUCAUCCUCUGCACCUGCACAGUCUGUAUUGCCCGCAGACCCCGCGCCCGAUACGCAGCCCGUACUAUCGCAGCCCACCGACACAGGCAUCCCAACAGGUGGAUCUGCGGGCGCUAUAUCGCCCGACCCUGGCACGCCAGAUGAAGGCAGCUCGCUGACACUUCCCUUGAAUGGUUCAACGAACGUUGCCCCUAUUGUGGGAGGUGUAAUAGGUGGCUUUGUGGGUCUUGCUCUUGUCAGUGCGCUACUGUUCUUGUGCUUGAGGAGACAGAAGAAUGGUACCUUUGAAAAGUGGCAACAACGUCUAAGUGAGAAGAAUCAAAGGGAAGACGGAGGGUUUCUCGUGAAGCUACGCGCAGUUCCUGAGAAGAUUAAAGGCAUCCCAGCAGGAGUUGGAGUUUUUUUCGCGAGACUGAAAGGUGACAAGUCUGGUCCAGCAUCCAACCCAUACCGCAAACACACCCGCAACGCCAGUUCGGUCUAUUCAGAGGGAACGAAUCGACGGAGUCAAUCAAUCAGCGAGCCACCCUCAUCAUUUCGGCAAAAACUUCGCGGGUUCGGCGGCCGAGUGCCGACGCUCAAGAGGUCACGAACACUGCUCCAGAAGAAGCAAGACAGCCUUGUUGUCGGCCAGAACUCUCCUUUCCCAAACAUUGUCGAGGAUCCAGUCAUUCGCAACAGCAAUGCUGACGGAAACCCUUUUGCCGAUCCCUUAGAUCCGCCGAAGAACCUCCAGUUGCUGAACCCCGAUCCAUCAUCUCCUCAACCUCAGCAAAGUGGUCCUCUUGCGCCGAAGCCCGCCGCCACCUCGGAUCGAAAUCCACGCGAUCCUUUCGCCUCCAUUCUUGACGAGAUAGACGCCCAAAAUGGUAGCGGUACGCCGGAGUGGCUUCGUGAGACCGCCCAACAGCACAAGCGGACGGCAAGCUCUCAGACUGCGCUGCGCUCGAACCCAGUAUCGAAAAACCGUUCGUCUGUCUACCCCGAUCGUCACUCAAAUCCCUUCUUCGACCCCUCAGACCCGCCACCACUGCCUCCGACACAACCACUGCCGCCCACUCCGUCACGUCCAGCCAAUGCAUACGCACCGCUUCCUCAGUUCAACGCGACAUCAAGCACAGUCUCUCGCAUUUCGAAGGACUCAUUCUUCUUCGGUGAGCCUGGGCCUUCAAGACCAGCGACGAACGUGUUCGGCAGGGGAGUACGGCAAUCUGAUCCAUUCGAUCUAGACCGGCCCGAAGUACUCGGGUUCGGUGUUGUCGGUGGCCGCACGGUGAGAGGCAGCGUGACGAGGCAGAACUCUCGCAAGAGAAGUAGUACCGUGCCGAACUGGAUCAACGUCAAUGACGGACCGUAUGAACCGGGCAGCACGUCCCUACGAAUUCCGAGCAUCAAAAGAAAACCAUAG